UUGGGCCACAGUCGAGUGAACUCAUCCCAAGUAACCUUCCUUCCACGUGCAGCCAUGUAGAGCCGAGUGUUGACAUGUAGAGUUGCAUUCACAGACGAUCCGAACCAUGACGUUUGCCAUGCUGCGCCCGGUGGCCUCGCGCUUCUAUUCCGACCUGAACAUUGCGUCCGAGGACGACGACAACCGCAGCGAGAGCGACGACAGCUCGGAGCGACUUUACUGCGGCGGCGGUGUGAAAAGAGCGAGGAUCUCUGCGCGCCAAGUGGACGGGGACUCCAGCAGCCCGGUGAUGAUGAAGCAGCGCAGCGCGGCCAACGCCAGGGAACGCGGUCGGACCCAGAGCGUCAACAGCGCUUUCACGGCACUCAGGACCCUCAUUCCCACCGAGCCGGUGGACAGGAAGCUCUCCAAGAUCGAGACUUUGCGGCUGGCCUCCAGCUACAUUUCCCACCUGGCCAAUGUGCUUCUGAUCGGGGACGGCUGCGCGGAUGGACAGCCGUGCCUCGACGCAGUCCACGCGCAGGCUGCUGGAGACAAGAGCGGCAAGCAGCCGAGGACCAUCUGCACUUUCUGCUUGAGCAACCAAAGAAAAGGGGACAGCAGCGAGUGUUUGAAGAUGCGCAGACUUGCCCAGCUGCGACUGAGACGCUGACUGAACUGACCAGCAAAGGACAAGAAACCUGAAAACCCUCAAAGACUUUCUCAGGGAAGAGUUACACACGCACGCACAAAUGUACAAACACAUGCUGGAUCCCACAUCGGAGCCCACAUAGUUCAGUAUUUAUACUUGACCGAGAAAUGUAAACAUAAGCUCCUCAAAGAUGCAGUGCAUUUUUUGGAGACUUAUCAGCGUUUGUCAUUCUUUGUUUGGAAAUAAAAAAUAAAGUUUAUUUUAUCAAAAUGUGUUUUUUUCCCCCCAUUAAAAUUAAUGAGUUUUACUGUAAUAUAUAGUCAGACCUUUUGGUUGUGUCUGCCAAAUGGUAAAUGGUGUUAUACUUGUAUAGCGCUUUUCCAAUGUUUUUGAAAAAAUUUUUAGGUAAAAUUAUUUUCAUUAGAAACAACAUGAUGUAUAUAUGUCUAAUUAAAGAGAACGACAAACGUCAAAAAACAAAAAAACGUCACCUUUUAUUUGGAAAGCAGUGAUCAGCAUUUUUGCAAUGUCUUGUUUUUAGAUAAAAUGCUCAUGCUUUUGUCCCGAUUUGAAAAAAAAAUAUUGCUGGAUUAAGCAUUAUUCAAAAAUAUUCACUGCUACCAAUUCAUUACACACUUUUGAAAUAGAAAGUUAUCCACAAAGUAAAAUAACUGUAGUCUUAUUGGGGGGGUGAUAGUGUGUGAUUCAGUUAAUGUGUGUAUUUCCCAACACCUACACUCACAACUGAGAUUUUGUUUUGCAAUUAAGUAAGUAGCACAGCAGAAGUGUGAGGUUUCUGCUGUCAUGAGGACAGUGUGUGUUUUUUCUCCUCAAUCUCACAAUUGGUGUUUUUUUUAAAGUCUGCUGUCGAUUAGUCAUGGCAAAUAGUAGCCCACACUCUGGUCGGAACCCCUAAACACAGCUGUUGGUAUGCCAGAGGGAUAAAUCACUGCCGUGGGCCCGACGGACAGGGAAAGAUGGGGUGAGAGGUCACAAGUGAAAGCCUGUUUUCUCGCACUGCAAGCGAGUGACGCAAAAUAGUGUUACUUUGUAUUUAAUUCGUGUAAUAUGUUUGGUUUAAACUGAAAGUAUCAAAUCGUUCCUCUGGCAACAUCAGUGAAAUUAAUAUACAGUGUUUUUAAAAAGUACAUCCAUGCCCUCUUCUACAAUCUUUUUUUUUCGUGCAUAGUUUUACCAAUUUAAUGCUUAAGGUCAUCAAGCCAAUGUAACUAAUAGAAAAAGAUCAAAGAUAAUCCAAGUAAACAUAAAAUGCUUUUUAAAAAAAAAAAAAAAAAAAAAAAGGCUUUGAUUUAUUCAGGGAAGAAAUCUAUUCAGUGUUACCCUACCCUGUGUGAAGCAGUAACCAUGACUUUGUUAAUCAUUAUUUUAACAAACUGACUGGUCAUAUAUUUUGGAAAGCCAAAUUCAUUCUCACUGGCCACAGCCAAGGCUGAUUAAAUCUAGAACUCUUUCGUAAAGACAUCACUUAAAACUGACAAAAUAAAGUCAGCCAAAAUAGAUCAUAAAGAUGCAGCAAAAUGCACCCAUCCAAAGAUAUUUAAUUAUAGAUAAGAAAUCAAAUACAGUGCC